UAUAAACACAAAUGUAGUAAUAGUUGUUACCUGUUGUUCUGUGUGUGCUAAAAUAAAGGUCCCCUAAAGCCAGAGCUAGUUUAUUUAAGUGUGAUUGUAUAAUGGAAGAUGUGGUUAAUUAAAUGUUAUUUUUAGCCUGUUAGUACAUUCGUGUCGCUGUGCUUAACCACCGAUGUCUGCGAGCGUGGAAGCGGUGACAGCGCCGGUGUGGCUGGGCGAGGGCCCGCACUGGGACCACGCCGAACGGGCUCUGUACUUCGUCAGCAUCUUCGACCACACCAUACACAAAUAUGUGCCGGACACCAAGGUGCAUACGAGGGCUAAACUUGACGGCAUGCCAACCUUCAUAAUCCCGAUCGAGGGUCGGCGACACCACUUCGUGGUCGGGCUAGGGCGGCGCGUGGUCGAGGUGGAGUGGGCGGGGGACGACCACGCCGCCCACGUGGUCAGGACCGUCGCUGAAGUCGAUCACGAGUAUCCUAACAACAGGUUCAACGACGCCAAGGCUGAUCCUAGAGGGAGACUUUUUGCUGGAACAAUGGGCCACGAAUACGAACCCGGCAAGUUUGACUUAAAGAAGGGGUCCCUGUACCGUAUCGAUGGUGACGGGAAGACCCACCGGCUGCUCAGUGGAAUAGACAUCUCCAACGGCCUCUGCUGGGACUUGAAGGAGAAAGCCUUCUACUACGCGGACUCCUUCGAGUAUACUAUCCGGAGAUACGACUAUGACGUCGACACAGGAGAUAUUUCUAACGAGAGGCACGUAUUCAAGUACAGUGACCAUGGAUUGGAGGGUAUUGUGGACGGAAUGACCAUCGAUACUGACGGCAACCUGUGGGUCGCCAACUUUGAUGGUCACCAAGUCCUUAAAAUCGACCCGCGUACCAGCAAGAUUCUAGACAAGAUUCCCAUCCCAGCACUGCAAGUGACGUCAGCAACAUUCGGCGGUCCUUCUCUGUCCACCCUGUUUGUGACGACAGCGUGCAUGGACCGCGGCGCGCCGCAGCCGCCGCCCGCUGGGUCCACCUUCCAGGUCACCGGCCUCGGAGUCAGCGGACAUCAAAACGUCAAUGUUAAGUUCGAUUGAAUAUUUGGAUUAGGUUAUUAAAUAAAAUUAUGUAAAUAA